CUUUGCCCGAGAUUUUUACAUACAAAUUCUACUAGUCACACUUGGCCAUUCAGUGCAGUUGCUGAAUUAAUAGAUAAUGCAUACGAUCCUGAUGUGAAUGCUAAACAGAUAUGGAUUGACAAAACAGUGAUAAAUAGCCACAUAUGCUUGACAUUCACUGAUAAUGGGAAUGGUAUGACUUCAGAUAAAUUACAUAAAAUGUUAAGCUUUGGCUUCAGUGACAAAGUCACCAUGAAUGGUCAUGUCCCAGUUGGAUUGUAUGGGAAUGGUUUCAAGUCAGGUUCUAUGCGUUUGGGUAAAGAUGCAAUUGUUUUUACCAAAAAUGGAGAAAGCAUGAGCGUGGGCCUCUUGUCUCAGACCUACUUGGAAGCCAUAAACGCAGAACAUGUUAUUGUCCCAAUAGUGGCCUUCAACAAACACCGACAGAUGAUUAAUUUAGCAGAAUCAGAAGCAAGCCUUGCUGCAAUUCUGCAACAUUCUCUGUUUUCUACGGAACAAAGUUUACUAGCAGAACUGGAUGCUAUUAUGGGUAAGAAGGGGACAAGGAUCAUCAUAUGGAAUCUUAGAAGCUACCGAAGUGCAACAGAGUUUGAUUUUGAUAAGGAUAAAUACGACAUCAGAAUUCCAGAAGAUUUAGAUGAGACAACAGGGAAGAAAGGAUACAAGAAGCAAGAGAGGAUGGACCAAAUUGCCCCAGAAAGUGACUAUUCUCUAAGGGCUUACUGCAGUAUAUUAUAUCUAAAGCCAAGAAUGCAGAUCAUCUUACGUGGACAAAAAGUAAAGACACAGCUAGUUUCGAAGAGUCUUGCUUACAUCGAACAUGAUGUUUAUCGACCAAAAUUUUUAACGAAAACAGUGAAAAUUACUUUUGGAUUCAACUGCAGAAAUAAAGAUCAUUAUGGGAUAAUGAUGUAUCACAAAAAUAGACUCAUCAAAGCAUAUGAAAAAGUUGGAUACCAGUUAAAGGCAAACAACAUGGGUGUUGGAGUAGUGGGAAUUAUAGAGUGCAAUUUCCUGAAGCCAACUCAUAAUAAACAAGAUUUCGAUUAUACUAAUGAGUACAGGCUGACAAUACUAGCACUGGGAGAUAAACUGAAUGAUUACUGGAAUGAAAUGAAAGUGAAGAAAAAUGCAGAAUAUCCUCUAAAUUUGCCAGUUGAAGAUAUACAGAAACGUCCUGAUCAGACAUGGGUUCAAUGUGAUUCCUGUUUAAAGUGGCGAAAAUUACCGGAUGGGAUAGAUCAACUUCCAGAAAAAUGGUAUUGCUCCAAUAACCCUGACCCACAGUUCAGAAAUUGUGAUGUUCCAGAAGAACCUGAAGAUGAGGAUUUGGUGCAUCCCACUUACGAAAAAACCUACAAAAAGAAAGAUAAGGAAAAAUUCAAGUUCAGACAACUGGAUAGGAUCCCUCAGGAUGAAUGUGGCUCAUCGACCGGUUGUAUUUUGCUCCCUAGUAUAGCACAAGGAAUGAACAGGAUUAAUACUGAGCUAUUGUUUCAAACACCUGUGGCAAGUGGAAGUUUUUCUCCCGUGAAGGACAGUGUUCCAAGAGGACAUCUUUCAGAAACAGCCAAUACUUAUGCAGCAAGACUUGUGAAUAAUCAUCGAGAUUCACCCCAGUCUGAACCUGAGAACAACAGCAUGAAACGGAGACUUUCUCCUCGUUCCUCAAUGUUUAAUGCAAAGAGUCGGAGAUUGAGUAAUCAAACAUUUGAAAAUUCAGCUUAUAAAGAGGAUGAUGAAGAUGUCAUCAUCUUAGAAGAAAACAGUACUCCCAAGCCUGCAGUUGAUCAUGAUGUUGACGUGAAAUCUGAACAGAGUCACACUGAGCAAAGUGGUGUUCAGGGUGAGCCUGAGCCUAUGGAUAACAGUGAACCUUGUGACCAGACUAGUUCAACAGGCACCUUGCUAUCCACGUGUGAUCAGGGAACUGCUGUGGCCACCCAGACUGAGGUACCAGGCUUAGUUGUUAAAAAGGAAGAAACUGUUGAAGAUGACAUAAGUACACGAAAUGAUACAGCCAUAAUACCAUCCAGUGUGGAAGCUGAAGGGAAGACACAUGAAACCCAGGAAAUCUUUGAAAAAUCUGUGGGCGAUGCUGGGUGCCAGUUAAAUGAACUGAGAAAUGAGCUGCUUCUAGUUACCCAAGAAAAAGAAGAUUAUAAAAGACAAUGUCAUAUGUUUACUGAUGAAAUCAGACUGUUAAAACAGAGGAUAUUGGAAAUGAAUAACAAAUAUGUGAAGAAGGAAACUUGCCAUCAAUCUACCGAAACUGAUGCUGUGUAUUUACUUGAAAGUGUUAAUGGCAAAUCUGAAAGUCCAGAUCACAUGGUAUCUCAGUAUCAGCAAGCCUUGGAAGAAAUAGAAAGGCUGAAAAAACAGUGUAGUGCUUUGCAAUAUGUAAAGCCCGAAUGUAGUCAUUGUUCCAAUAAUGAGAGUAAAAGUGAAAUGGAUGAAAUGGUUGUGCAGCUUGAUGAUGUCUUUAGACAGCUGGACAAGUGCACUGUUGAGAGGGACCAGUAUAAAAGUGAGGUUGAAUUAUUGGAAAUGGAGAAAUCACAAAUUCGUUCACAGUGUGAAGAACUGAAAACUGAAAUUGAGCAAUUAAAAUCUGCAAGUCAACAGAAAGGAACAGAUGUUUCAACUUCAAGUAAUAUUGAGGAGUCUGUAAAUUAUGUUGAUGGGGAAAGCCUCAAACUGCGAUCUCUCCGAGUUAACGUAGGACAGCUGCUGGCCAUGAUUGUACCUGACCUCGAUCUUCAGCAAGUGAAUUACGAUGUUGAUGUAGUUGAUGAGAUUUUAGGACAAGUUGUCGAACAAAUGAGUGAAAUCAGUAGUUCUUAAAGUAUAUUUUAUGUGAGAUAAUAAAAAUAUUUGCUCAUUACUUUUGGUUGUACAGCUUUCAAAUUGUAAAUAAUUUUGUUUUAUAGAUAAGAUAGGUGACAGACUGAAGAACCCUAAUCUUUACUGUAUCCUAUGCAUUCAAGUGUGGCCACAAACAUGUGGACAUAUCACACCUUUUGAAAUGCCUGUGGGUUGUUGAUAUUGAGUGGCUGAAUAGCUAACUCAUGUUUCUGUUUUAAAAUGAAAAUAUUUGUAAUUAAGUCUGCACAUAUUUUUUUAUUACCCUAGAGGACAUAAGUGUUUUUCACCAAGAGGUUUUCAGGUUGCCCCUGACUUUCGUGCAAUCUUUUCUGGUUUCCCAAAGUGUAUUUUUAUCUGAAGUGAGGGCUGUGCCAUACAUAAUACAAAUGGAAAUGCUACCUUUGGUUUUCUUCCAGAGAAGUUUAAACAGGCAUUUGUAAAAAAAAAAAAAUGGAUUGAUAAGUUGUAAGUGAAUUGAACAUUAAUGUUUCUUUUUUAUAAGUGCUUAUCACCUGAAAUAUUUUAUUCAUGAAAACAAGGUAAGCAGAAACUAUCUCCAUCUAUUUUGCCAGGAUAUUUUCUGUUCUGAGAUUGCCAAUCAUCGUUAAAAAGGUGUUUUUAUACAACAGAGAAAUGAUCUUUAGUAUAAAAAACUAUCAAGUAUAUUAACUGUCUGACCAUGUUUAUUUUGAAGCCCAUUUUGGCUGCUUAGCAUGGAGUGGGCACAAUAAUUGCUAAUAUUUCUUUUUAUGAAAUUUCCUGUACAGCCUUUUAUAGGAUUACUACAGGUUAAUGUGAGUUGAGGAAGACAUCUUUCUCGAAAAAUACUGCAUACCUUUUAUUAUAUUACAAACCUAAGUGUUUUAUGUCCAGGUUAAGCAACAAAUUGCCCUAGGAUUAUAGUAUUACAUGCCACAAAAAUCAUUGUGCUUAUUCGUCUCCUGUUUUGUGCAAUUUUAAAGAGAUGGCUUUCUAUUAAGUUUAACUGUAUAUAUAAUUAAUUUUCCACAACUAAAAUGUGCAUUAUUUUUUUUAAAGUUUUAUCAUUGCUAUUUAUUUUUACUUUUGUUUCUGAACAUUCAAUACGUUUUUUUUUUGUAUGUAUGUUUACUUACAUGUCUGUCAUAUAGAAUAUAAAAUUUUUACUGUACAUUAAGUUCUAGAAAAAGCAAAUAAAUGAAGAUUGUUUUAUUUGCUUGAUAAAGUAAUUGAAAGUGUAUUUUUGGUAUGAAGCUGGUUUUCUGUCACAGUUGUAUCUACCUAAAACUUAAGAGAUCUUGUAAUAAAAUAAAAUAUAUAUGAUG